AAAUCAAAUGAAAAUUUCAAUUUCAAUUUCCAUCUUCAUUCUUCUCUCACUAAUUUCUUUCUCAUCAGCCGAUCUUCAAGAAAAAUUCAUACAAUGUCUUGAUAAUCAAAAACUUCCCAAUGCCUCAUCCAUUGUUUACUCGCCGGAAAACCCAUCUUUCAAAACAGUCCUCACAUCUUACAUUAGAAAUCUCCGAUUUGAUCGGCCGACAACUCCUAAACCAGAGUUCAUAAUAACCCCACAUUUAGAAACUCAUGUCGAAUCGAUUAUCGUUUGUUUAAAAACCCUGGGAAAUAUCCAACUCAAGAUAAGAAGCGGCGGCCAUGAUUAUGAAGGAAUCUCGUACGUAUCACAUGUUCCUUUUGUUUUGUUAGACAUGUUUAAUCUCCGAUCAAUAACCGUCGAUGGUGAUUCCAAGACGGCUUGGGUUCAGGCGGGGGCUACGUUGGGAGAAUUGUAUUACAAAAUUGGAACAGAGUAUGGUUUGGGUUUUCCGGCGGGGGUUUGUCCGACGGUCGGUGUCGGAGGUCAUAUAAGCGGCGGAGGUUAUGGAAACAUGAUGAGGAAAUAUGGGUUGUCGAUAGAUAAUGUUAUCGAUGCUAGGAUUGUCGAUGUAAACGGGAAAAUUCUUAAUCGUGAAACUAUGGGUGAGGAUUUGUUUUGGGCGAUUAGGGGCGGCGGUGGUGCGAGUUUCGGGGUGGUUACCGCGUUCAAGCUAAAUCUCGUGGAGGUUCCGGCGGUGGUUACGAAUUUUCAACUCGAUAGAACGGUUGAAGAAAACGCGAGUGAACUCGUGUACAAGUGGCAAAACACGAUUGAAAGUAUUGAUAACAAUUUAUUCAUUCGAUUGCUCAUUAAAAGGGCGCAAUCGAAUGAAUCAGAGAAUUAUACUGUUAAGGUAACUUUUUUCGCCCAAUACUUAGGCGACUCGAAUAGUCUUUUAACACUAAUGAAUACUCAAUUCCCGGAAUUAGGUGUUAAAAAGACCGAUUGCCAGGAAUUGAGUUGGAUACAAUCGCUUCUCAAUUGGCACGAUUUGGACAUUAAGUCACCAAAACUACUUUUAAGUCGAGAACUCCCGACACAAAUUUAUUUGAAACGAAAAUCGGAUUAUGUUAAAACUCCUAUUUCAAUACACGGGUUGAAUUCCAUAUGGAAAAAUAUGACGGAAGGGGAUAUCAUGCUCGUCUUCAAUCCCUAUGGAGGAAAGAUGCACGAGAUUAAUGAGACGGCUACUGCAUUUCCGCAUCGAGCGGGGAAUUUGUUCAAGAUUCAAUAUGCGGUGAAUUGGGAAGAUGCGGAAUUGAAUAUGGAUAAGAUGUAUUUGGAUCAAUCAAGGAGAUUAUACAAAUUCAUGAAACCUUUUGUGUCGAAAAAACCUAGAUCUUCUUAUCUUAACUAUAGGGAUCUUGAUAUUGGAGUUAAUAGUUUUGGAAAGAAUAGUUAUAAGGAAGGGAAGAAGUAUGGGAAGAAGUAUUUUGGAGUUAAUUUUGAUAGAUUGGUGAAGAUUAAGACCGCAGUUGAUCCCACCAAUUUCUUUAGGAAUGAACAAAGUAUCCCUGUUUUGAAUUUAGUUCAAGAAACAUAGGGAUAACAAUUUGUAUUGUGAGUUUAUUUUGAAAUAAAAUAAACAAUAACAAAUGUUAGAAUUCGUAUUAAUAAAAUGGUUGUAGUCUGAAAUAAUUGUCAUUUCUUUGUAUUUGUAUAAUCAAGUACAAUCAACUAUCAAAGAAAUUAUAAUUUUAACUCAUUAUAAGUUAAUUUCUAACUUAUUCUUUCUUUUUUUGGAAGUUAAUUAAUUUAGAGCUGGUUUGAUC